AUGUCUAAACUUAUUGAGAAAUAUUUUUGUAAAAGUUUUCAUUUUGUGCCUCCAUUACCUUCACAAAAUCAACAAACAUUUAAUUUAUUUGAAACAAAUAAUUUUAUAAAAACAACAAAAUAUAGUGGGAAUUCAAUAUCAAAUUCUUUAAAAGAAUUACAUUUAUUAAUUGGUGAAUGUCUUCAAUUAAAUAAUAAAACAAAAUGCUUAGACAUUGGUUGUGGAAUUGGAAAUGUAAUUGAACAUUUGGCUUUUACGGGAGCUCAAUUUAUUGAUAUUCCAUUAUCUAAAAACAGUCAAGAUGCUGCUUAUGCAAUAUAUUCACUUAAAUAUUUACCUAAACUUGAAGUAAUAUUUUCAGAACUUGAUAGAGUAUUGAAACCUGAAGGGCUUUUAUUGGUAUAUGAUUUAUUGAAAACUGAUAAAUAUAAUGAAAAUAAUGUUGAGCAUCGAAAAUUACUUUCUGAACUUGAAAUGUCAUGUGGAAUGCCCCCUUUACAUUCUCGUAAUGAAAUAAUAAAAGAAGCUAGUAAUGCUAAUUUUGUGUUGAUUAAAGCUAUUGAUUUAGACAAGAAAGUAGGCAAACCAUUUUAUUAUUGUUUUAGUCAUUCAAAAAUAUUUAUGUGGAUGAUUAGAUCAUCAUUAAUUGAACAAUUAAUUAAUUUAGCACAAUUUUUACAUGUUUUACCUUCAGGCUUUAAUAAUUUUUAUAAAAUUUUCCUUUCCGGAACAAUUGAUAAAAUUGUAAGAGCUGGUAAACUUGGAAUACUUUCUGGUGGCGAAAUAUUAUUAUUUCAAAAAAUAAAUAAAAAUUAA